UCUCUGCAGAUGAGUGUUUGAAAGUGAGCAACCAGCUUACCAAGAAGCAAAACCACGGAUGAGCUGUCUCACAUCUCUGAACGAAAUCAGUCCAUCUCUGCCUACUGUCCUCUCUCACCAACUGUCCUCUUUUUAUUGAUUUCUCAGAUGCUGCCAGGGUAGAUAACCUGAUCUAUCUCUGAAGAACUCAGGGGAGGAAGGGAAACCUUCUGCCUGAGCACUUUUUUCCACGCUGAAUAUGUACAGGGAGUGAAGACAAUGCCUGCCAUGCUUGGAACUUGGAAAUUGUUUUGGGUCCUCUUCCCAAUCCUACGUCUGGGCCUCCAGAGCAUCCACGGGGAGGAGUCAUGUGAUGUACAACUUCGUAUUAGGAGACAUUCAGAACACACUGUUUCAGCAAGAACUUCUUUUAAAAUGGAAUGCCCUGUGAAACACUGCGGUCACAGACCUAAUGUGACUUGGUGCAAGUUCAAUGGAACAGUCUGUUACCCUUUUGAGGAUAGAUUUCGGCUACACACAAGUUGGCAAGAAGGGCUCAAUAAGUCGAUUUUUCUGCUACACUUUGAACCAGUGCUUCCAACUGACAAUGGCUCAUAUCGCUGUUCUGUGAAUGUCUCUUCUCAUCUCAUUCAUUCUCACUCAACAACCAUCCAUGUGACAGAACAGGCUCAGAAUAAUUCAGAACACUCUCUCAUAAAUGCAACCAGUGCCUCAGGACCACCCUCCAAAGAAGAGAUGGCGGAAGGGCUAUGGCUCCUCUACAAUUUGCUUCCUUUGGGGGGAGCUCCUCUGCUUGUCAUUGCCUGUUUUUGCCUGUUCUGCUGCCUGAGAAGGCACCAAGGGAAAAGAAAGAAACCUUCUGAUAUGGCAGAAAGGGAAAUUAACCUGGUUGAUGUCAUCCAGCCCUUUAGGAGUGAGCAAACGGAAGCGAGUACCAGGCAGAAUUCCCAAACACCACCAUCAGAAGCUGAAAUUUAUGACAAUGACCCUUGGUUCAGGACAGAAGAAGGGGCUGAAGUUUAUUCUAAUCGACACUUGGAGGAAAACAAACAGGCCGUUGUUUAUGCUUCCCUGAACCAUUCCAUUAUCAGAAUGAAUACAAGACAGGCAAGAAAUGUGAAAGAAACCCCGACGGAAUAUGCAGCUAUAUGUGUGAGGAGUUAAGUUUGGUCUUGUUACCAGGUGGGGACCACUGAAGGAUCAGCGUGUCAACACCACUGUCUGACCCGAACAGGACAUCCAAUAAUAUGCCUCAACUUGGAGGAUUUUCACUUUAAAGUGGCUCUUGUUGGUGCUUGGAUCUUAAGGGUCCAAAGGGCAUGUAAUGAAAAUUUCUCCUGAAAACUUCUUUAGGGAACUUCUAUACCAUAGCAUUGGCCAACAAAGUUGUUUUCUCUAGAAUAUUUAAUGUUAGUUAGAUUUUACCUAAUAUAUAAACUCCAUGUUUCCUUUGGAGCUACCAGAGAGACCCAUAGGAAAGAGAGGUUUGUGUUAUCUUGAUCGGUUCACUACACACUCUUGAAAAAUAAUGAAUGUCUUAAUUUGACUAAUUGUAGACACAGUAAUGAUUGUAAGUUCCCAAUCUUCCAUGAGGAGAAAACUUUCUAUGUCAUUCUCAGGCUAGUGUUUCUUAGAUAUAAAGAAAAAUUAUAAACUUGUAUAAGAAAAGGAUGGGAAGAAUAACAGGUGCAGAUACAUCAGAGUACCUCUAUAGAAUGCACUGACUGGAUGUGGACUAGAGGUUUCCCACACCUGACAAACAAACACUUAUACCUAUCCUGUUAGAUUGGAAAGCAAAUAUAGUUAGUAAUGGAGUAAACGAUGUAAAGUGGAUUUAUGAGCAGAGAUGUGACUCAGUAUUUGGGUGACAUAGACCAAAAUGUGUCAUAAUGCUGCUGAGUGAGUAUCUUUGUGGACAUCCAAAUACACAUGCAAACCAAGGAGAAUAGGUAUUAUUGGGCAUGUACAGAUUCAACUUUUAAACUGCCUCAUGUUUGACCUGAAAAUAAAUUAAAAGGACAAUGAAAGAAAUGGAAAAGAGUUCAGACUAUUUAGUUGAUCAAUAGGGGACCACAUACUUUAAAAGACAGCUGUCCCUUGUUUUUAUAAGAAACCAGAGCAAAUCAAGUGUAGUGAAGCUUUACAAUUUGAUAAUUAUUCAUUUUAAAAUACUGAGGUUGGGGCUGGGGAUAUAGCGCAGUGGCAUAGGCUCCUGCCUGGCAAGCACA